CUCCUCCCAUCUGUAGAAUGUGGUUUGGGGAUCUGUUCAAUGUUCGCGUUGCAUCAAACAACCAACCUAUCUUCCUUCGCAUGGCUGCUACUGAGUUGCAACAAUCCAUAUCCAGUGGAGGCAGUAACCAAGGUCGUGUCCUUUCAAUUUCACUUCCCGCAGGCACUGCUUUCGUUCUUGUUUCAGCUUUCCUUGUUAUAAUGUUUCUUCGGUGGAGGCGUGGAAUGCUGGGCAAGGGAGGAGAUAUGGAAGGUGAGACUCUGCCUGCUUCGCUGAGAACAUUCACUUACAAGGAGCUGCGAAUUGCAACCAACAAUUUCAGAGAUAAGUUAGGGAAAGGAGCAUUUGGUUCUGUCUUCAGAGGAGCUCUCCCAGACAAUACCCUUGUAGCAGUUAAAAAAUUAGAGGGGUCUACACAGGUAGAAAAGCAGUUUCGUGCAGAAAUAAGCACAAUCGGAAACAUACAGCAUGUCAAUUUGGUUCGGCUUUGCGGGUUUUGCACAGAAGGAUCACAAAGGCUGCUGGUUUACGAGUACAUGCCCAACGGAUCUCUCAAUUCCUUUCUAUUCGCUGGAUCACAAAAGCUGUUGGACUGGAAGACACGAUUCGAGAUUGCUUUGGGCACUGCACGAGCUUUAGUUUAUCUCCACGAAGAAUGCCGAGAUCAAAUCAUCCACUCUGAUAUAAAGCCCGAGAACAUUUUGCUUGAUAGCGAUUUCAACCCCAAGGUGGCUGAUUUUGGGCUGGCAAAGUUGGUGGGAAGAGAUUUCAGCAGGGUUUUGACAAGCAUGAGAGGAACUCGAGGUUACAUCGCUCCCGAGUGGAUCGACGGCUUAGCAAUUACUUCCAAGGCAGACGUGUAUAGCUUCGGCAUGAUGCUGCUGGAGAUGAUAUCGGGUCGAAGAAAUGUGGACAUGAGCGUGAAGGAACACACUAAGCAAUACUUUCCCAUAUGGGCUGCAACUCAAAUUCUAAACGGAAACAUGAUGAGCAUUGUGGACGAAAGAAUUGCGAUACAUGCGGAUGUUGAGGAGGUGAGAAGAGCUACUCUUGCAAGCCUGGUAUGCAUUUUAAAGGAUGAGAAUGAGAGGCCAAGCAUGGCUCAAGUUAUCCUGAUGCUACAAGGAAAGAUGAAUCCUGAUACACAACAGGUCAUGAGAUCUUUACAGUAUCUAGUUGAAUAUUAGAUUCCCGUUGUCAAUUUGUUUUUCAAUUUUUUUACGCCCUAUGCUAAACUUAAAAUGUUCAGCUCCUCUCUCAAAGGGUGCCUUCGCGGGUAAGGCUUGAUUUGAGGAGGCAAUAAACUUUGCAUUUUCCGCCCGGGUGAUUAUGUAUGUUAGAUUCCCUAAGUGAAUUUCUCAUAUAUAUAUAUAUAUA